UGUAGCUGCUACACUUUGCUGGAUUUAGAUGCGAUUGUGCUUUUCAAUCAGCUUCUGCGUUGCUCUGGGUGUCUUAUGCUGAAGGGAGUUGCUGUCAUUUUGAGCAGCUGCCCUGAGUCACUGAGCUGCAAUCUUUCAGACAUUUUCAUAAUGGACGGGCGGUAGUGGGUUGACCACAGGAGGAAAUGAAUCUUCUCCGCUGGUGUUCGUCCAUUUCACACUGCCAUCGGGCCUGCAUGACUGCAGUGGAUGCUUUGACUUAUUUAUUUGUUUUUAGCUGUGGUACUGGAUUCUGAGAUCUGCUGUGGUGUGGGUGGUGUGAGUCAGAAGAGAAGACAGGCCUGAGGUGGAUGUUCUUGUGUAAGCUGUUGUCCUGAUUGAGGAGAGAGGCGGGACUAAGCUCUGUCUAAAGGAGACCUAUUGGUCACUCAUGCUGAUGAUGGACAGGCCGAGAGACUGCAGGACGCUGCUGCUGGUGCUUUUCUUGGGUAACAUGGUCAAGGCACUGGACGUCCCUCUUGACCCAAAAGUUCUGGAAGGAUUGCCGCAGCCUCCAACCAUAACCCACCAGUCCCCUAAAGACUACAUAGUUGACCCACGAGAGAACAUCGUCAUUCACUGUGAAGCGAAAGGAAAGCCUCACCCGAGCUUCUCCUGGACCAGGAAUGGCAUACAUUUUGAUAUCGAUAAAGACUCUAAAGUGACCAUGAAGCCUCAUUCAGGCACUCUGGUCAUUGACAUCAGUGGAGGGGAGAAGGCUGAGGCUUAUGAGGGUGUUUACCAGUGCACUGCCCGCAACGAGCACGGGACAGCCAUCUCCAACAACAUCGUCAUCCGACAAUCAAGAUCCCCUCUGUGGUCGAAAGAGAAGAUCAAGCCGAUCAUCGUGCAGGAGGGUGUGUCUCUAGUGCUGCAGUGCAGACCACCUGCAGGACUGCCCCCUCCCAUAAUCUUCUGGAUGGACAACAAUUUCCAACGUCUCCCUCAGAGUCGGCGUGUCUCUCAGGGUCUGAAUGGAGAUCUUUACUUCUCCAACGUUGUGACGGAGGAUUCCAGAAGUGACUACAUCUGUUACGCACGCUUCCCCCACACACAGACCAUUCAGCAGAAGCAGCCCAUCACCGUCCGCGUCCUCAACAUGGAUGCAAUCAAUGAGACAAUGGCAGCUUAUUUGAAUGACACUGAUUUGUUCGGUGAUGACCCAGCAGAAGAGAGGCGGCCUUCAUUUCUGGUUCCGACUGGUUCUACCAGCUCCAAGAUGGUCCUUAGAGGACAGGUUCUGGAGCUGGAGUGCAUUGCUGAGGGGCUCCCCACUCCAGAGGUUGCUUGGAGUAAGGUCAGUGGUGAGCUCCCCACCAAGAGAGCCUCCUUCCAGAACUUUCAGAAGACACUGCGGAUCGUGGAUGUGUCGGAGGCGGACGCUGGCGAGUACCGCUGCACUGCGAAGAACCGGCUGGGCUCCGUCCACCACACCAUCAGAGUGACAGUGAAAGCUGCACCAUACUGGAUCAGCGCUCCACGGAAUUUGGUCUUGGCUCCACUGGAGACUGGGGUGCUGACCUGCAGAGCGAGAGGAAACCCCAAACCCACCAUCAGCUGGUUCAUGAAUGGAGUCCCCAUUGAGAAUGCUCCUGCAGAUCUCAGUAGGAAAGUGGAGGAUGAUACCAUUAUUUUCACUGAGGUUCAGACCGGCUCCAGCGCUGUGUACCAGUGUAAUGCUUCUAAUGAAUAUGGGUACCUGCUCUCCAAUGCCUUCGUCAACGUGCUGGCUGAACCUCCCAGAGUGCUCACUCCUCUGAAUAAGGUCUACCAGGUCAUCAUGAACAAGCCUGCUCUUCUGGACUGCGCCUCCUUCGGCUCUCCUCUACCAGGAAUCACGUGGUUUAAAGACAGCCGCUCCAGUGUUCUGGUUGGAGACCCAUUUGUGUUUCAUGAGAACGGAACUCUAGAGAUCCCUGUGGCGCAGGCCUUCAACAGCGGCAAAUACACCUGUGUCGCCACCAACUCCUUCGGCAUCUCCGAGAAUCAUGUAUACCUGGAGGUCAAAGAGCCCACUCGGAUCCUGAAGCAGCCUGAGUAUAAGGUAGUCCAGAGGAACAGGAAUGUGGUGUUUGAGUGUAAAGUGAAGCACGACCCCUCUCUUAUUCCCACCAUGACCUGGCUCAAAGAUAAUGGAGAGCUUCCUGAUGAUGAGAGAUUCAUUGUGGAUUCAGAUAGUCUUACCAUCAUGGAGGUGACAGAGAAUGAUGAAGGGACAUACACAUGCAUCAUGAACACAACACUAGACCAGGACUCAGCCAGUGCAGAGCUCACUGUUGUUGAGGCCACCCCUACACCAGCGGUUAUUUACGAAAAACCAGAUGCUCCUACAGAUCUGGAGUUGACCGAUCCCGGAGCACGCAGUGUCCAGCUUACCUGGAUCCCUGGAGACGAACACAACAGUCCUAUUAAGAAGUUUCUUAUUCAAUAUGAAGAUGCGCUUCAUGACAGUGGCACUUGGCAUAAUCUUACGGAGGUGCCCGGCACUAAGACCACAGCUCACCUCAAGCUGUCCCCGUUUGUCCACUACAGCUUCAGAGUCAUAGCUCGUAAUGAUAUUGGCUACAGCCUGCCCAGUCAGCCCUCACGCCAGUACAGAACCAACCCUGCAGCUCCUGAUGAGAACCCCAGUGAAGUUAAAGGCAUGGGCACAGAACCUAACAAUUUGGUGAUAUCUUGGAAGCCAUUGACGGGUCUUCAGUGGAAUGGUCCUGGUCUUCAGUACAAAGUCAUGUGGAGGCAGAUGCAUGUGGACGAAAAGUGGACCUCUGUGACAGUGGCCAAUGUCUCAAAGUUUGUGGUAGCUGGGACGCCCACCUUUGUACCAUAUGAGGUGAAAGUUCAGGCUGUGAACAACUACGGCCAUGGACCAAAUCCAGCAGUCAUCAUUGGCUACUCAGGAGAAGACUUGCCAGUGGAAGCUCCAGAGAUUGCCCGGGUUCUGGUGCAGAACAGCACUCUGGCAGAAGUGUACUGGAAAUCAGUACCGGCAAAAUCAGUGCGUGGGAAACUACAAGGCUACAGGGUAUAUUACUGGAAAGAAAGAAGUCUGCACAAGCACAAUGGCCACGGACACCCUCACCACAUGGAGCAGCAGACACUGACCUUCAGUGGGAACAGGAGCCACGGCAAGCUGCCCGGCCUACACCCUUACAGCCUCUACAAGGUCAACAUCAAGGUGUUUAAUGGGCGUGGAGAGGGACCCGCCAGCACAAGUCAGCAGUUUGAGACUCCUGAAGGAGUUCCUGGUCGACCAGCAUUCCUCAGGGUAACUGACAGCAAUCUGGACUCUCUAACUCUGGAGUGGGGACCACCACAUGAGAAGAAUGGCCGUCUCACAGGAUACACCCUCCGAUAUCAGUCAGUCAAUAACAGCAAUGAACUUGGCCACUUGGAGGAGCUAACCGUGCCGGCCAAUGAGACCAGCAUCACUCUGCACAACCUCAAGUACAGCACGCGCUACAAGUUUUAUUUCAGUGCCAAAACACUCAAAGGACCAGGCCCCAGCGUUACUGAGGAGUUUGCCACAAUAAUGGAUGCAGGGAUUCCAGCUUCCCCCUAUCCACUCUCCCCAACUUCCCAGUCUCUACACCCCCCUCAUCACAAGGCGCAACCAGUGUCUCCAGUGUUUGGCAACGUUAGCUCGUCUGUGGGCGAGGAUGGAGCGCUAAUCACUUGGGAGUACUGGGGGCCAGAAAAACACAUUUAUGUUGAAUAUAUUGUUGAAAACAGCGAUGAAGACUGGCAAAAAGAGAUGGUAAAUGGAUCGCAGUCCCAUGUGCUUAAAGGUUUAAAGGAAGGGCUGGCAUACAAAGUGCGUGUGGUGGCUAAAGGCCACGCUGACCAAACAGUUCACCGUUCUGAGGAGUUACUGGUAACACUACCAGCUAUGGCCAGUAGACAGGUGGACAUUGCUACCCAGGGUUGGUUCAUUGGGCUUAUGUGUGCCAUCGCUCUCCUUAUUCUGGUUCUCCUCAUCGUCUGCUUCAUAAAAAGGAACAAGGGGGGCAAAUACCCAGUGAAAGAGAAGGAAGAUGCACAUGCAGAUCCUGAGAUCCAGCCCAUGAAGGAUGAUGAUAUAACUUUUGGAGAGUACAGUGACAAUGAGGACCAUAAACCGUUAAAAGGGAGCCGCACCCCGUCCAGUGGCACCGUAAAGCGAGACGAAAGUGACGACAGUUUAGUUGACUACGGGGAAGGCGGAGAUGGACAGUUCAACGAGGACGGCUCUUUUAUCGGGCAGUAUAGCGGAAAGACAGAAAGGGACACUGUGCAGGGUCACGAGAGCUCAGAGGCCCCCUCACCUGUUAACGCCAUGAACUCUUUUGUGUAAGCGCAGGGGAACUAGGUGAUGCAAGUAGGACUUGUUCAGCAUGAUUCGACCUCCAAAUAGUUGCCUGUUACAGGAAAACGAAGUCAAAAGAAGGAGAGAAUAAAUUUAGAGUUAAAAAAGUCUUUUGAGAGAUCUCGCAUGGAAUGCACUUAAACUGGCAUGCUGAUGUGGACUGAGGACAGAUGUGUUGGAAAUCAGUGAUUGUUGCAUAAAUUAUGAAAGACUCACUAACAUCAGGCAGCCUUUCCGUUACUCCUAAAACACAGUUAUGUCAGUGCUGCAUGCAUAAUGUGCUACUAUUACACAAAACAUAUUGUUGCAACUAUGAAGCCUGCAGCUUAAGAAAGAAGUAGCUCAUUUACUUGGGCCUUGUGGUGCUUCUCUGAAAUACUGGGUAUGCCUUCUUUAUGUUUUGAGUAUUAUAUGAAAAAUGUACAUGCAAAACGAACCAGUGCUGCAAAAUUUUUGCUAAAAUGUACACUUAUUAUUAUAAUUACGUCUUUUUUGACAAGACAAAAAUAUGUAUGUAAAUAGUUGUAGAAAGAAAGACUUUAUCCUGUAUAAUGGAUGGAAUGUGUGAUCUUAAGGAUGAUAGGGCAGAUCAGAUAUUUAAAUUACAUUCAGACAAACUCCAGAGGUGCCAUUGUCCCAACACUGCGCCACCCUUAUUUGGCUUUUUUUUUCUUUCUUUCUUUCUUUCUUUUUUUUUUUUGCUCACACCCAAAAUGUAUUCAUACUGCAUCUGCACAUGCUGAGGCGCUCCGACAUGCAUGAGCCUCGUUAGCUGUCCACUGUCAUCACCUUGACCUGCAUGCGAACUCUCAUGGUUCCCAUGGCAACCAAAAGCCAUAGCAACCCAAAACGGCUUCGAUGCGUGAAUUCCUCAGAUUGAAAUCCAGGAACAGUUUUCAUUCAUGCACCCCUUUUAGUGCAGCAGCUGCAUUCGGCCAUGAUAACGGGUGCAGGGUGGCCUUUUACUACAUUGUGCCUUUUUUGAGAAGUGCAGUUCCGGUUCAAUUUACAGCAGCUAUUCUAGUGCGAAGGCAAUUGGGUGUAGAGAAAGAGCAAGAAGGUGUUUACAUGAACUGGAAAUGAUAUUCAUAAGGUUAAUGGAAAGGGCAUUUGGCUUUCUCAGAUUUAAUCUGGGUCUUUUUUUCUUUCUGAGCAACAGAAUGGACGUUGCAGGCUUUGCUCUUUGCCUAAUUCAGUUUCAGUACAUUGGUUGAUAGUUUAGUGCACUGGGUUUGGAUUGUGUGUGUGUGUGUGUGUGUGUGUGUGUGUGUGUGUGUGUGUGUGUGCGCUUGAGCAUGGUUGCUGGAGGUGUGUGUGUGUGUGCGCACUAAACCUUUUGUGCAUAUGCGUGUAAAAACAAUGUGUUCAUAUUACUUUGUAUAAUCCUAUUUUUGUCCAUCUUUCAAAAUUAAGACCCUUGUCAGUGAAUGGAUGGAUUUUCAUGAAUUUUGGGUUUCAGAUAACUUGCAUCAAGUUUUAAUUUCAAAUGUAUGUUUUUAUGUAGAUAUAUCGUUGAAUUUGUAAAUAAUACGAUGACGUGUUUGGCUUACAAGGAAAUCAAGUGGAAGUCAAAGAAGCGUUACUAAAAUCUGAGAUGUGAGGAUGUGUUGAGUUUGUUGUUUUUCACCAUUAUCUUCCUUUGCUGUGAUCACUGUACAUUGUAACAGAGUUUUAGGUUGAUUCAUGCUCUUUUGUGAGCUGUGGAGAUUUUUUUCUUCCUGCCAUCUCAACUGACGGAAUUCAUCAACAGCUUCAUUAAACAUAUUCCAAGCACAACGAGAGGACUGUAAUUUCCACAAGUGAUGAUUCAUCAUAUUACUGAGAUCUAUGUAUUAGAAUCAUUAUUCAAUACCGUCAUCUGCCUCUUUGAUUUCUCUGCAUACUAGACUUGUAAAGUGUUUCUGUAUUUUAAAAAGCACAAAAAUAUUAGUUUCCAGGUUUUACUAACAGUUUUACAUUUCAUUUAUAUUUAAGUUUCCCCACUUGAGAGUUCGAGAAUGAAAUUUCAACAACUCUAAAUUUAAUAUUGAAUAAAUAAAUAUUACUAUAUUA